CGUGCGCGGAUGACGGCUGUUGCCGGCGACGGGGCGGCGGCGGAGACGGAGGCGGAGGCAACGGCAGCGGUGCUCGGGGGUGAGAGAGCCGCGCGACGCGGCUCAACGCGACGACGAUGCAGUGACGACGUCGCCGCCGUUGAGAGCUCGUUCGUUCGGCUCUCGGAGGGCGACCUCGUACCUCGUUCGCCGCCUUUCGGCGAACUCUUUUCUUCCAAGACGGCUGGUUCCCCGCGUUCGCCGUUGCACGACGCCGUUCCGAUCCGACGAGCGGCCGCGCCAUGCGGAGACGGUGCCGGGUCCGCCGACGCGCCAGGACACCGACACCAGGACGACGACGCCGACGACGGACAGACCGCGGCAGCGUCAGAAUAACGACGACAAAGAGAGGAUGCACCACGGAAGCUCCAGAGAGACGUCGCAGCAGGACACAGCAGCCGCCAAGGUCCUGCUGCUGCGACGAUGGAGCGAUAUGCCGCGGCAUCUCCAAUUUAAUCCGCAUAUCCUCACCGGCUACAGGCCGCUCAUGACCAUCCGCCAGUGCCUCGGCAGCCUCUUCUACAUCCACAAUGAGACCGUCAACAUCCUGACGCACGGAUUUGCUAUCCUGUACAUGCUAGUGACUAUACCACAUCUGCUUCCAUGGAACACAAAAGGAACGCUCGUGGGGAUUCUGUCCUGGUGCCAUUUGAUCGGCGCCGUUAGUCCGUGGGUCGGAUCUUUCCUCUAUCAUCUUUUCAUGAACGUCAACUAUGACGAGGUCUUAUACAGGACGCUGCUAAAAGUCGACAUGAUCGGCAUAUGGCUGUGCCAGAGUUUCGGAGCAAUACCGAUGAUAGCCGCGGCGGUCCAUUGUCUUGCCGAUAACGUCUGGUAUUGCUGCAUUUUUAUUUAUUGUUCCCUCAGUAUGUGGGGACUUUUAAAGGCGAUGACUGCGAGAUCACCGUGGGAAAGGCGUUUAUGUUUCGCUCCGCCUUUCCUUAUGAGGAUGAUAGUCAUGACACUGAGGUGUUUCGGUAUCGGCGGUGGAUCACCCGAGGCUCUUAUCCAUAUAAUAUUGCAGGAUCUCAUAGCUGUGAUAGGUGCAACCAUUGGCGCUCUCCGUAUUCCAGAAAAGUGGAUUCCUGGUAGAUUGGAUUUGGUGCUGAACUCUCAUAAUGUGAUGCAUGUGAUGGUCGUUCUGGCGGUAUGUUCCAUGCAUACCGCAACCUUGAAGGAUCUCGCCUGGAUGUCCGACCCGUCUACAUGCAACGGAACAAGCUCUUCUCCACCUUCUCCGGGUCGCGACGAACUGUGAUCGAUCGAAUGAUGUGAAGAAUGUGCUUCUGCUGCAGUCUGUGAUAAACCGAGCCUAUAACAACCGGCGAUUAGUCGAGCGCUUCGACAUUUGGAGACCAGAAAGUGCUGAAUUCUACAAUAGAUAUAGUACAGAUAAUAAAAAAAAAAAAAAUAUAUAUAUAUAUAUCUAUAUAUAUACAUAUUAUACAUAUAACAGAGUUUAAUACAGAGUUAUCUAAUUUAUGCGAUCAUCGCGGGACGGUUUAAGUACAAUCACGAGUACAAAGUACAUACGGUUAUCAUAUCGAACGUCUAAUGAUAAUUCAAGAUCUAGCCCAGAUCGAAGCUGACGAAAAUUGACGAAUCUGGUGCAAGAGAGAAGCAAAUGAGAUUUAUUUUAUAUUUAUUAGAGGAUAUAAGUAUUUUAACGCAAAACUGUUAUUUAUUAAUUUUAAUAGAAUUACCUCACUCGUGUCGAAGAUGCGAUAAUCUUAUUUUGUAAACAGUGAGAAUAUUCCCGGAUAUUUUGCACCAGACUCUUCAAUUCAUUCUGCGAAAAUUGAAUUUGACGUUUUAGUAUCAGUUGCAUAUACUCUCUACAUUUUUCAAGUCAUUUUCUGCAUUCAAUACAUUACAACUUCAACUUUUGUGUUCCUGAUAACUUAAUUUCACUAGGAUUAGGUAAACCCAGCAAUAAAAUAAAUUCUCUUCGUAGGUAGAAAGAAACAGGAACACAAAGAGUUAAACAAUCUACGUUCAACUACGAAUAUUGCAAAUUAAUUUAACAUAAAACAUAUCUCUAUCGCUUUCUUUUCCUCUUAUUUACAUGACGCACGCGCGUGGAUUACCGGGAAGGAUACAAUACUAUUGAAAGAAAGUUGGAGAGAGAGUUCAAUACGCAAUUAUAUAUGCUUCAUCGACACCUAGCGAAAGAAACCUAUGCAUUUAGGAGUGAGCUGGAAGGCGAUAUAAGCACAUCAAAAAUAUGUUUAUUAUUGUGAUACAAUGAUCCAGGAUCUCCUAAUAGUACGCAACACACGCAUCCAUCUCUUCGAGUCGAUACGCUUUAUAAUGCAUCCACAAAACGAUAAAACUGUCUCAAAAUAUUGAUGGGAGUUUGUUCAAUUAUCCGUAUUGAACUCGUGACGAAAUUAUUCUAAACCUAAACCUCUAUUUUAACUCAGAGAUACGCAAAUGAGAAACGUAGACCUCGAUUUACGCGGAUAAUUCGCAUCGUAAGGUAGUUGAUAUAUCGACACACGUUAAUAAAAAUCGACGAGUUCUUAGAUGUACGAUUUCAUGUGAGGAU